UGCAACCAGAAACAUACCAAAAACAACAAAUUAAAUUCAGAAAAAUGGGAAGUGAAAGGCUUGGAGAGAUGCUGGAUAUAGGGGAGGAGACUAUCAAGAAAAGCUGCUCUCUUGCCUUGGAGGCACACAAAUUCCCAGGUGAACCGUUUCUUGUGGAGAACUCUGCUGCAGGAUCAUCAGAUGUUGUUAUCAGCUUUCCUGCAGGAACUUGGUCUGUGGAGAGUUUGUUUUCUGGAGAAAGUGAUUUUGGAGAAGCAAAAGUCGAUCUCGAACUCUUUCCUUCCUUGAAAAGUGUUGGGAACUAUGAUCCAGCAAAGCCAGAAGAGAUAGACUUUGCAAUUGCAACUAUCAACCAAGCAUUCGUUGACAAAGUUAAACAAAUAUUGGACAAUUCCCAGCUGAAAAUCAAGGUGCAAGAGGCCAUCACUGCAAAGAAGAGAAUAAUAUUUACCGGCCACUCUACCGGCGGUGCAAUUGCUGCGUUUGUCACAAUCUGGUUCUUAGAAAAUUGCUCGAAAGAAAUCAGUGGAUCUUUCUUCUGUGUGACUUUCGGAUCUCCCCUUAUUGGUGACCACAUUAUUUCUCAUGCUCUUAGGAGAGAAAAUUGGUCUGAAUACUUCAUACAUUUUGUCAUGAGAUAUGACAUUGUCCCUCGGAUUUUGCUUGCUCCUCUGUCAUCCAUUCGACAAGAAUUCGAGAAAAUCCUCCCCUUCUUCGAUCCAAGUUCCUCUGAGUACAUGAGUCAACCAAUUGGAUCAUCCGAGGUGGCCUUGGAUCUGUUUACAAAGGUGAUGCGCAGUGCAUCAUCUGUUGCAAGCAGUGCCGCCUCUAAACUGAUGGGGAGUCCAAAUCUACUACUCGAAACUGUAACGAAGUUCAUUAACCUAAGCCCUUACAAACCUUUUGGCACUUACAUUUUCUGUACCGGGAAUGGGAAACUGGUUGUCUUGAAAAACCCUGAAGCUGUGUUGCAACUCUUGUUCUUUACUUGUCAAUUAAACAACGAUACUGAAAGGGCAACAAUCGCCAGUAAAUGCUUGAACCAGCACUUGGGAUACUACGAUGAACUUGAAGGUAGCUUGGACAUGCAGAGUGUGACUUGUGACGAUAACUUAGAAAUGCUCAACUUAGCGUCAGAUGGUAUCUUUGAUGACCUUGGCCUGAGUGCAAGAGCUAGACAAUGUGUUCGCGCAGCAGGUGUAUUCCAGAAGCAAAAACAAGAAAACAAGGUCAAAUUUGAUUUAAAAAAGGGAAAAAUGGAGGAAGAAAUGAAAAACCUAAGAGCCUACCAAGGCUCGAACGAGGACAAUGGGGGAUACUAUGAUGCGUUCAAGCUUCAAGAGGUGAAGAGAGAUUUCGAAGCGAAUGUGAGUAGGCUUGAACUUGCAGCCAUAUGGGAUGAGAUUAUUGAAAUGCUGAAAAAAUAUGAUCUUCCUGAUGAAUUUGAGGCUAUAUCAGACUGGGUAAAGCUUGGAACUGAAUUUCGCCACCUUGUCGAGCCUCUUGACAUUGCUAACUUCUACAGGCACGGAAAGGGAAAAGAGACUGGAGUCUAUAUGAAGAGAGGCAGGCCAAAGCGUUACAAAUACACACAAAGAUGGCUCGAGCACGAAAAAAAACUGCCAGUAGGUUCCCGGGGGGAAUCUUGCUUUUGGGCAGAGUUGGAGGAGUUGCACGCACUUUCUGACAACCUCCAGGCAGUGAACAAGGAGAAAAAGAGAGUCUUGGACCUUCAGGAACAAGUAGGGAAAUGGAUUGUGGAUGGGGUUCUCAGCAAGGAUGUCUUGAAGUCGUCCACCCUCCAGGCGUGGUGGAGCAAACUCCCCGUUGGCCUCAAAACUGAAACUAUUUCAGGACUUAUGAAUGGUGCAGGAAAUAUGCAAGUGGGGUAGUACUAAUUAGUAAUUGAGUGAUAAUAAGGGGGCAGAGCUAGGGUUAGCACCAUAGCCACUGGUCAGACUGCCUGCCUCCGGCUCGGCACCCAAGUUUGAAUCCCCUCUCCGCGGUUUUACUGUUUGUUGUGUGUGUUUUGUUGUGUCUGUGUUUUGUUUUGGUAUGGUUUUGGUUUCAAGUGCCGUUUUCGUUUGUAAAGGUUUUGGUUCCAGAUAUGCAAUGAGUGCUCAGCAAAAAUAACAUCUAUACUUUUCUUAAGGGAACCAGGAUGGUCGCAAAA